AUGGCAUGUGUCAGAUUCUGUCUUUGGUGUUGUUUUGUUUUUAAAGAGGGGCCAUAUGGGGUCUUUGCCGGAAGAGAUGCAUCCAGGGGCCUCGCCACAUUUUGCCUGGAUAAGGAAGCUCUGAAGGAUGAGUAUGAUGACCUUUCUGACCUCACUCCUGCCCAGCAGGAGACCCUGAGUGACUGGGACUCUCAGUUCACUUUCAAGUAUCAUCACGUGGGCAAACUGCUGAAGGAGGGGGAGGAGCCCACUGUGUACUCGGAUGACGAAGAACCAAAAGAUGAGAAUGCUCGGAAAAACGAUUAAAGCAUUCAUGGAUGCAUAUCUAUUUGUGUAUUUUGCAGAAUCAUUUGUAACAUUCCAGUCUGUCUUUAAAAUGUGGUGAUUUCAAUAUUUAGAAAAGUUUUGAACUUGGCUGUAAAUUUUUUUAAUUAACAUCACUAGUGACACUGAAAAAACUAACUUCUUUGAGUGCAUGAUGUUUGUGUGUCAUAAAUGCAGAAAGUGAACUGCAGUGCUGUAAUACAAAUGUUAGUACUGUUUUUCUUCUAUCUGUAGUUAGUACAGGCUGAAUUUAAAUUUGUUUUUCCUAAAAGAUAGGUAAGACUUGGGUAUUUCCCCCAAAUAUGUAGAAAUGCAAAAUGUGCAAAGUCCUUCAAGCACUAAGAACAAAGGAUCAACUUUUAGUCAUGAUGUUCUCUAAAGACAGCAAAUUCCUUAUUUCUCAAUUGAUUUAACUGCAUGAAUUCCAUCUCUAAAGCAAAUCUGCAGUGUCCCAAAGGCUUUGAUAUUUAUUAAAGAGAGCUGUCCAGUAAGAAAAUGAAAUCUCAAAGCUGGGCUUAGUUGGAAGAAAUACAUUAAUUGUUUCUAGACAGCAUCAUUGUCCUCCUUCAGACACUUGGACACCUUCACUAACUGUUCUCUACAGUGAGGAUUAAAACAUGAUCUGAACAUUCAAAAGGAAGCUUUGGGGAAAAUCAGCUGGCUUGCCUAAAAAUCUAAAUACAUGAAGAACAUUAUAGGGCUAUCUUUUCAAUCUCCAUGUUCAUGGUGGAGCAAUGGUUAUUUUACAUGAUUUGACAUGAGGGGCAUGUAGAUCAGGUGAUUGCUCUACUAAGAGCCUUCACACCCCCCUGAAUAAUGAGAAAACAGUGCACAUCACUAGCCAAGUGGUUUCUGAAGUAAAGUAUAUUCAUAAAGUGGUAACAGUUAACUCUUUUGUCACAAAACUAGAGCCACUGCAAGAGUAGUAGUCAAGUGUCUAGGUCUUUGAUAUUGGUCUUAUGGUUAUCGAUAAACUUAGCUAAGUAGACUGUACAGUUGUAUGAAUUUGUGUUAUGUGAACAACUAGUGAAGUUUCAAACUCUUGUAAUUGUAGUUGAAUAGUAUUUUCCUUGUAUUUUCUUGUGAACCAUGUUUAAUGGUUUUACCUCAAAUCAGAAAACAAAAUGAAGUGCUUUGGUCAGUUAAUAAAAUGGUUUUACCCAA